AUGGCGUCUCUUGGGUUUUAUAUUCAUGUUCUGGUCUUUAUUUCUCUUGGAACCGUAACGUUCUCGCAACUCUCUCCUUCCUUCUAUGAGUAUGCCUGCCCCCAAGCUUUGCCCACGAUCAGACGCGUCGUCGAAGAUGCUAUUAAGCAAGAACGAAGAAUGGGCGGUUCUUUGUUACGCCUACACUUUCACGAUUGUUUCGUUAAGGGUUGUGAUGCUUCGAUUCUCCUAGACUCUACAUCAACUAUUGACAGCGAAAAGAACGCAAACGCUAACACAAACAAUUCUGCUAGAGGUUUCGAGGUUAUUGACAGAAUUAAGUCGGAAGUUGACAAAAUAUGCCGUGGUCCAAUAGUUUCUUGUGCUGACAUUUUGGCCGUGGCUGCUCGGGACUCCGUAGUUGCGUUAGGAGGACCAAUGUGGGAGGUGAAACUAGGAAGGAGAGACUCUACUACAGCUAGCAAAGAUGCAGCAAACGAUAAUCUUCCAACUCCCUUCAUGGACUUGUCUGAAUUGAUAGAAAAUUUCAAAAAGCAAGACUUGGAUGUUAAAGACCUGGUUGCACUCUCCGGUGGCCACACCUUUGGAUUUGCCCAGUGCCGCACAUUUCAAGAGCGCAUCUAUGAUGACGAAGACAUUGAUCCCGAGUUUGCAAGGCAACGUCAGGCGAAUUGCCCUCAGACUGGGGGUGAUUCCAACCUCGCUUCUCUUGAUCCAACCCCAGCACUUUUCGAUACCAAAUACUUCAACAACUUGGUGGGAAAGAAAGGUCUAUUAGAGUCCGAUCAAGCGCUUUUCAGUGGUGGUCAAACCGAUGAUCUGGUCAAGUCCUAUAGCAAAAAUCUUGGUGUAUUCUCUCAAGAUUUUGCCAACUCUAUGGUUAAAAUGGGAGAUAUUAAGCCAUUGACAGGGGAUAAAGGUCAAAUCCGAUUAGAUUGUAGAAGGGUGAAUUAA